GAUCGACGAGUUAUAUGAUUACUUUGGAACAAAACUAAUCUCAUCGGUUUGGUAUCCAAAAUAUCGAAGUAUGGCUAUCCCCGCUUAAACCAGGAGCUGAACCAUGUGCCAACCCGUUUUAAUGUCUAAGUUUGAUAUUAUAAAUAAGAAGAUCUCCUUCCAUCUUUGGUCGUGUUGUUUCAGAAAAGAAAAGGGAUUCGAAACUUCUCUCUACUUCUUCCUUUGAUUGGUUUGAUUAUUUUUGUGUUCCUCUUAGAAUGACUAAGCUUUGGACUUUCCUCUCUGCUCUUCAUUCCAUAGCUGGUCCUGUGGUGAUGCUGCUUUAUCCGUUAUAUGCGUCGGUGCUAGCAAUAGAGAGCCCAUCAAAAGCAGAUGAUGAGCAGUGGCUUGCCUAUUGGAUUCUCUACUCUUUCUUAACUCUCUCGGAACUCAUCCUUCAGUCUCUCCUAGAGUGGAUACCGAUAUGGUACACGGCGAAGCUAAUGUUGGUGGCAUGGUUGGUUUUGCCGCAAUUCAGAGGAGCUGCUUUCAUAUACAACAGAGUCGUGAGGGAACAGUUUAGGAAGUAUGGCAUCCUCAAACCGAAGGUACAGCACCAGACUCAGUGACUAAAAAGAGAAUGCACAGGACACAAAGAGGCUUCAGUGUUGGUUCCUUCAAUUUCUAAUCUUUGAUGCUUUCCUUUUGUCUUUCUUUCCUUUUUAAUUUACGAAAACUGCGUUUACAAGUUGACGAUAUUGAUUGUAAUUUCGUUUUUUAUGAGCCGUCUGCUUGAACCUAUGUGAAAAGAAGUUCACUCUGACGUCAAAAAUAUUAUAUUUAAUAUAUUACUAGUUUAAAUUGUUA